AUGUGACUUAUGCUUGUGGUUGGGAGCUGACCGCUGCUAGGGAUUUUAUAUAGGACUAGACCAUACAAGUUUGGGAGUCAGACUCUGUGGCUAAUGGGUAAUGACUAAGUUUAACGGGAGCAAUUGUACCAGAAACAGUUUGACAAGUGGAUCACGAUUCCUCAGAUCUCUCAAUACAUAUACCUGGUGACUUCCUCAAAUCACUCAUAUGACCAGUGCAGAGGGACAUGUGGUAAUGAAUUCAAUGGAACAAUUGCUACCCAAAGAACAAAUUUUACACAAAACUUCAAAUCCGUCCUCGUGGACAAUGCUACAUAUUAUUAUUGGGCAGAGGCUAACCAAACCUGUGCAAUGCUAAUGGCGACGGAUCAUCUUAAAACGUUUGGAAAUUGGAACUGCUUGAAGAAUGCGCACUGCCUUUGCGAACAAUCUGUAACGCAAAUAGAUAUCAAGUUUGACAACACAAGCCUGCCUACAACUCUCACAACGAACGCACCCACCCAAAACACACCCACGUCAAUCCCACAUACCAGAACCACAACCAACACUGAAAGACUCUCAACGCAAAUCCGAUGGAUUCGGGAGAAUCUCAAUGAGUAUUUCGUCAACUACAAUAACUUAACCAUCACCGACGCACGGGCAGUCUGCAAGAUGUCAAACGCGACGCUGGUUGCGUUUAUGGACGCUUAUCAGUACUUUAAGCUAAGCGACAGACUUCAACUUGAUGCGGCUGGAUAUUGGGUCGACGACGCCAUGCCUGCUAAUGACUCUGCGUGUCUGAAGUUGAACACGGCUGAAGGAAGUCUUCAGUCACGUGACUGCUGUGAACUGGCCUACAGCAUAUGUAACCGAUUUGCAUUCCAAAACAACAUUUCACAGGUUCUGGAGCGACCAGAGUUUGUUGAAAUGAUUCGAGAGAUGACAGUUGUAAAAAACACGACGUCAAAUGCUUUGAGGAAACUGACGUCUGCUGAAGACAAAAGGACCCUAGCUAAAGUCAGCGGAACUGUCGCCAUUUGCAUGAUGGCGGGAAUCUUCUUGACUGUAUUCUUGAACGAUUUUUCGCGGAUUCUGAGAAUAUUUUUUUAUUGAAAUUUCUUGUAUUACUGUAAGAAAACAGACACAUCUUAUUACCAACUAGAAUGCUUCUUUUUCUGAGUACAUGACAGGUAGAUAUUUAAAUAAUAUGAUUAAUUAAUGGUAAAUAGUUUUCACAAUGUUAUAGCAAUGUAUAACUUGCUAUGCAGAGUGUUUCGAAUAUAUGUACAUGUAAAGUGCAUGCCUUGUUAACACUGUGGUGUCUUAAACACUGAUUUCCCUGGAGUCACAUUGUGAACUUAACUUUAAUAUCCGAA